CAAACACGCCAGCCUCGCAAAACAAUCAUCGUCGGUCCCUCAGCCAAACCGCCGCGCCGACGCCGACGACUGCACGAAGGCCCUUGUUCCCAACGCCGCCAAGACGCUCAUUUUAUAGGCUCAUCUGAGUUCUCCUUUCGCUUCGCGGAUGGUACGCCCCGCCGAGGGAUGACGAGUCGACUUGCCCUGCUGCAGCACCUAGUCUGGUCGUGAUCAUGGCGGCGGCGGACGUGGACGUGGGCUACGUCGCCGGCCACCUCGGCCUCGACCAGCCCAUCGUCACUGCUCUGACGACCGAGCCGACCGUGGACCUCGUGUCGACCCUGCUCCGCGCCGUGGCGGCCAAGGCGCACGAGUUCGACACCUUGUACGCCGAGAAGCUGCAGACGGACAUCGAGCUGGAGAACGCGGUGCGCAGCGCCGAGACUCGCUCUCAGACGUCCAGAGCAACGGCGGAAAAGGCACUGAAGGAUGUUGAAGAGGCCAGAAAGAGCUUGAAGGAAGAAGAAACAAAGCGGCAGACCCUGGAGAACGAACUUCAGUCGCUCAAGGCCAAGAACUCGGACCACGAUGCAGAUGUCAAGGCGCUCAAUGACAAGAUUGAAACUCUCCAGUCCUCCAACCGGACCAACUUGAGCAUUAUCGAGUCCAACAACAAACGAGACCAAACAAUCACCGACGAGCUCACCAAGCAGCACCAACGGAACGUCGAGCUGUCCCGCGAAAUAACCGCCCUCCAACAGUCCGAGCAGAAUGCAAAGGGCCAACUGAACAGCGCAAAGUACCGCGAGGAGUCGCUUAAGCAACAACUUGAGCUUGCCCGCCGUAAUGGCGAGUGGCUUGAGAAUGAGCUCAAGACCAAGAGCGAUGAGUCGCUCAAGUACAGGAAGGAGAAGGGUGCGCGCAUCGCCGAACUUCAGCGCGAGAGCGAGGAUGCCCGAUCCCAAGUCGAUGCCCUCAAACGGACCGAGCAGCAACUGCGCGAGCGUCUCGACGCCAUGCAGGCCAGGGCUGAUGAUGCCCUGGUCAAGCUGCAGAAACAGGAGGGAGCGUUUGCCACGACGGUCGAGAGCUACAAGCAAGAGCUUGAGGACCAGCGGCGACUCGUGGACAUGUCCGAUCAGCUCAGCAAGAAGCACCAAGAGCGCGUGCGCGAGCUCGAAGCUGAGAAGGAACGCCUCAAGGACAACUACGAAAAUGAGAUCCGCCGAGUUCGCACUGAGCUGGAACAAGAGCGACAGACCACGACGCAAAUGGAGGAGAAGAUUCAGCAGCUGGAGUCUGAACUCGACGAGCUCCACGCCCGCAUGGAUCAGCGCCCACAACCUGCAGAGCCGCCGCAGACCCCUCGUGCUAACGGCUCACUGAUGGCUCGCGCAGCGUCACCUUUUGGUACCCCGGGGUCGGUCCGCAGCAAGUCAGCCGUCACCGCGACGCAGGCCAUCGAGCAGUUGUAUCAAGUCAAGGGACAGUUGGCCAGCGAGAGGCGACGCAAUCAGCAACUAUCCGAAGAGCUGGACACUAUGCUCUCUGCCCUGGAAGCCAAGGCACCUGAGAUUCAAGAGCUUCAGGCCGAGACCGAGACGCUCCGCAGCGAAAUCGCACGCAUGUCGGAGUUGUCGCAGCAGAGCUUCGAGGAGCGCGAUGCCGCUAGAAAGGCGGCUCGCAAGGCUGAGAGCGCCUUGACAAACACGACAUCGGAAGUCAAGAUUCUCAAGACGCAGCUGCGCGACCUCGGAACGCAAAUCCAGCUUCUCGUCUUUAACAUUUACGCGCUCGAGAAGGGCAUGGACGAGCUGACAGAGGACGAAAAAUUCCGACUUCAGCAACUCGAAAAGGGCGAGAUCACCGAGGAGGCAUUGUCUGACAUGUCUGACACGCACCAGUUCAUCACCCAGAAGCUUGUCGUGUUCAAGGACAUCAAGGCUCUCCAGGCCAAGAACGAGGACCUCUUGCGCAUCACACGCGAGUUGGCUGAGCAGAUCGAAAGCGAGGAGGCACUGGCCGCCAAGCACCAGGCCAAGCUCGAUCACGAUAAUGUCGAGAAGCUGCAACGUGAGCUCGAGCACAUGAUUGACGAGAGCAAGGCCAUCAAGAAUACCAUGGAGAGCUAUAAAAUGGAACGCGACAUGUUCCGCCGCAUUCUUCAGCAACGCGGCGUCGGCGGAGACGAGGCCUCCAUGAUGCGCGGAUCUCUCGACGGAAGCCAGCGACCUCCCCUCGCUAGCAUUGAGGGGGACCAAACAGAGGCUCUCAACGAGGCCAUUCGCAAGCUGCAGUCCGAGUACGAUAACUACCGAACCGCCCAAGACGAAGUUCGCAAGGAUCUCCGUACCCAGGUGGACCGCCUGUCGUCGGAGAAGAACUCGAUGCAAACGGAGCGGGUCAAGCUCCACGGCGACUUGCGUAUCGAGUCCGAGAGGAGGGAGAUGCUCCAGGCAAACUAUGUCGCCCUCCAGGGCGAAAAUGUGGAGCUGCAGAAGCGCAGCCAGAGCCUCUCCGAGAUGGCGGCUAAGCAAGACAUUCGGACGCAGCAGGUCGCUGAGGAGCUCAUCGAGGCCAAAGGUCUUCUCGACAGCAUGCGCAACGAGACAGCAAACCUCAAGGCCGAGAAGAAGCUAUGGAAAGAAAUUCAAGACCGCAUGAGCAAGGAGAACGAGAACCUGAUCGAGGAGAAGAACCGCCUCAACAACCUGCUCGCGACGCAGCAGUCUCUGGAGAAUGAGCGCAAUAUCUCCGAGUCUGAAGCACGACGAAAAGCACAGACCAAGAUCGAGUCUUUGGAACGCGACCUGAGCGAGACGCAGCGGAAGCUGUCCAAGGAGGCGGAGGAGACAAAGAAACUUCAACUGCGCAAAGAAUUCGAAGCUAAGGAGGCCCAAAAGCGGAUUGACGAACUCAUGGCCAGCCUGAGCCAGAUUCGUGAGGACCAUGUCGUGGUCAAGACCACCAGGGAUCACCUCCAGGCUCGCGUUGACGAGCUGACGGUCGAGCUUCGCAAUGCGGAGGAGCGCGUCGGCCGCCUGCAGCCACGGCCCACACCGCGACCUGGCUCCACAGAUAAUGACGUGCGGCUUCAACAACUCGAGACCGAGGUUCACGAGCUCAACAACGACAUUUCGGAUCUGAAGCGAGACCUGGAUCUCGCGAAGACGCAUCUUGAAAAUGCAACGGCCCAAGCUGAGCAGUAUAAGGAGCUCAGCCGGGAGAACGAGGAGAUGUUGGAGGAUCUUCGAGGGUCUCAAGACCAGUAUCGCCAGGAGAUGGAGACACUCAUCGGCAAAAAAGACGCCAAGAUCAAGGAGCUGAGCCAGCGGUUGGAGGAUGUCUCCGCGGAGCUGUCGCAGACUAACAGCGAGCUGUCGACUCUGCGAGACUCCCAGGGCGAAGUGGCUCGCAAGUACGAGGACGAAAAGGCUAUUCUUGAGGAGGAGCUGCAGCGACUCAGGGACGACAGCACCCGACACGUGGAGGCUGCCCGGUACCAUCAGCAGGAUUUGAGGGCGCAGGCCGAAAUCGCGUCUAAAGCACAGCAGGACUACGAGCAAGAGCUCGUCAAACACGCCGAGGCGGCUAAGCUUGUCCAGCAGCUGCGCUCAGAAUACAACGAGUUGAAGAGCCAGACAGCGACCCUCAGGGCUGAGGCGGAGUCCGCCAAGGUCGCGCUGACGCAGAGCGAAAGCUCCUGGGACGAGCGUCGGCAGCAGUUGGAGCAGGAAAUGGCCGAGCUCACGGCUCGCCGCGAAGACGUCAACGCCCAGAACAAACUCCUCCACCAGCAAUUGGAAGGCCUCACCGCCCAGGUUGCCGCCUUGCAGCAGAGCCGCGGAAGCAACGAGGACGGCGACGAGGGCAUGUCGCCGGUUCACGUUGGCGACGCGCUGGAAGGACUCCGCGAACUCAACAGCUACCUGCGACGCGAGAAGGAGAUUCUUGAGGUCCAAUAUGAUCUCAAGUCUCAAGAAUCAAAGCGACUCCAGCAGCAGGUUGAAUAUGUACAGUCGCAGCUUGACGAGGCCCGGCUCAAGCUUGACCAGGAACGCACCCAGGCCGCUCAAGGGGGACGCAACUCCAUGGCGCACCAAGACCUCAUGGAGAAGCUUAACGAGCUAAACCUGUACCGAGAGAGCAGUGCUGCUCUACGCAACGAGAACGGUCAGCUCAAGGACCAAAUCGCCGAAAGGAACAAGAAGAUUGAGGAGAUGGAGGGCAAGGUACAGCCUCUUGAAGCGGAAAUUGAUACUUUGACAACGCAAAAGUCGUAUCUCGAGGAAGAGAUUAAGCAGAUUCAAGAGGACCGCGACCGUUGGCAGAAGCGAACCGAGGGUAUACUUACUAAGUAUGGCCGCGUUGAUCCUGCCGAGAUGGAGUCGCUUAAGAAGUCGGUGGAGGAUUUGCAAAAGGAACGGGACGCCCUCAAAGAGGGCGAAGGGCCGCUGCAAGCCAAGGUGACUGAAUUGGAGUCGACGCUGGAGUCGGAGCGUGAAGCGUGGCAAACGACGCGCGGCCGACUUACGGAACAAUUCAAAGAACGUUCCCGAAAAUUAACCAGCGACAAGAAUGAGAUGGCCAACAAGGCCAACGACCUCCAAGCACAGCUCGACCAAGUUAAGGGAGACCUUGACGGAGCUCAAAGACGCGCCGAAGAGGCCGCUGGCGAGAAGAUAUCUCUCGAAGAGCAGGUGCAGAACUUUAAGCGACAGGUCGACGAACUUCGGCAGCAAGGCCAGCAGUCGCAAGUGGUGGAGACACAAUCUGGCUCGACAGAAGUGGUCGCUCAGCUUGAGCAGCAGCUUGCCGACUCCCGUAAGGAGCUGGAAGCACUCAGCGCGCAGAAGCUGGGCGCCGAGCAACAACUCGAGAACCUUCGUGCCGAGAUGCAGACGGCCAUCGCGGAACGUGACGAGGCUAGACAGAAGCUGCAAGAGGCGCCGACGCCGAUGGAUGUCUCUGGUUCCGACCAGGCGCCACCCGCACUCGCUCCAGAGGUUGGCGACCAGAACCAGAACGGUGCACCAGGCUUGUCUGACGAAGAGAAGAAAGCCCUUGAGGAGAGGCUCGCCGCGGCCGAAGCCAAGGCAGCCGAAUAUGAGGAAAAGGCGAACGAGGUGGAGGCGAAGAUUGCGCAGACGGUCAAGGAGCGCUGUGACAAGAUGCGCGACACCCUCAACAACAAGCUGAGAGAGAGUCGCACUCAGACGGAGGAGAAGCUGAAGCAGAAGGAAGACGACUUCAAGCUGCGGCUGGAACAGGAAAAGCGCAUCUGGCAGGCCGAAAACCAGUCGAGCCAGCCCGUCAGCCAGGCGCCCAACGAGCCCCCAGCGACGCCGGCAAAGGUCGACGCCCAGCAGCCGCCGGCCACACCUACGACGGUCAGCGCAUCCGACUUAUCGCAACUUGACGAUGCGGGAGUGCGACAGUUCCUGUCGUCCAACCAGACCGCUAAGAGCAUCAUCACGGCAAACAUCAAGAAGCGCUUGGAGGCGGAAAGCGCCAAGAUCAAGGGCGAGACGGAGGCCAAGGUCCAGUCGGCCCGUGAGCAGGCGCAGCUCAUGGAGUCGAAGAAGUCUGCCCUUCGCAUCAGCAGGGCUGAGAAUAGACUCAAGACGGCUGAGACGAAGCUCGGAGUCGUGGAGACGGCGGCGGCGGAGACGCCUCAGAAGCCCGUAGUCGAGGUGUGGGAGGAUGUUAAGAAGGUCCAAACCGGCCCCGCGUCUACUCCUGCCGCAGCGCCGGGGACACCGGCUAAGCCACCAGGCACUCCUGCUCCGCAGUCGACUCCGGCAGCCAAGCCAGCGGCUGCAUCGACACCGGCUGCACCUGUGCCGACAGUGCCUACUUCGGCACCAAACACCGCGGCGGAGCCCGAGACGAAGUCGGCUGCGCCUGUUCCAGCAACCGGCAGCAGCAGCCUGCCGCCAAAACCAGCAAACCCUUUUGCCGCUUCGACGGGCAGUGUCAAGGCGGAGGCGCCGAAUCCCUUUGCCACCAAGACAGAAGGCGCGGCAGUGCCUCCAGCAGGCGCUCAAGCCCCGACGCAGGCUCCCCAAGCCCAGCCUCAGCAGCAGGGUCAGGCCCCUAAGUCGGGCAUCCCCAUGCCUCGCGGUGGUGGUCGUGGACGAGGCGGUGCGUACGUGCCUCCGGGACAGCGGACCGCAAGUGGCAACCAGGAUGUCCCUCAGGCUCAGCAAGCUGGUCGCGGUCGCGGCAGAGGAUUCAACCCGGGAGCGACCGACUUCCAACCGGGAACGAAGCGUCCGAGGGGCGAUGGAGAUAGCGCUAGAGGCGCGAAGAGAGCCCGCGGUGCGCAUUAGGGCAGACGUUCGCGGCAAUAAAUUGGCAUAUUGACGGUGUUGGCUGUGCUUGAGGAAACAGGACCUGGGGUGUGUACGAUGGACGGAACAUGAAGCUGGGAUCUUGGGAAUGUAAAGUGCUCUGUACUUCUACUCGCUCCUAACCGGAGCUGGUCACUGCGGAGACGGCGUACACCGAUGCGUAGCACCAGUCUUUAUGAAAGUUUCCUUACGGUUUUACGACACUGCUGAUGGCCGUCCUACUUUGACUCACACCGGAGUGGGGUGCUAGCUGUAAAUCGCCGCCUUGCAUCGGUUGUAAAGCGCGGUCGCUUUAUUGUACGAACCUUCACCC